AUGCUGCAACCAAAUCAUUCAAUGCGUUCAAUGAAACUCGAUCGUUUUUGCCUUUCAAUAUUACCAAGAAUUGAUGAAAAUAUCAAAUCGCUAGUCGUUGAAUCAGCUUUUAUGAAACAUAUCCUAGGCGCUGGUAAUUAUCCUAAUCUGACUGAACUUACGUUUUAUGAUAUGGACAAAAAAAUUGCUUCGCAGUUUUCACGGAUAACUAGCGAUUUUCAAAUCACAUCAGCAGACUAUACUCAGAAUGUUUAUUCCGUUAUCUUAUCUUUCUUUGUGAAUCUGAAACAUUUAACUAUUGUUGUACAAUCAAUUGUAAAGUUUUACAGAACAUCCCGAAAUUAUCCGUGUUUGUCACUACAUGGAUUACCGACAGAAACGUUUUAUUCUUCAACACUAACGAAGUUAUCUCUUAAUGUAAUUGAUUUAAAUGAUGUUUAUGCUUUGCUUGAUGGUCAUCUUAAACAACUGACAACAUUUAGCGUUGAAGUUGAAGCUAUACAAGAUCCCGUAUCGAUAUCUAAUAACCAUUAUCAAUCAAUUAAUUUGAAAUGUUUUUCAUUAACAUGUUAUUCUGUUCUUGCAAGAUACGAAUUUACUAUUGUACAUCUUCUUCGUCGAAUGUUAUGCCUUGAAGAUUUAACCUUAUUUCUUGAUAUUUCGUCACAAUCACCGCUUAUCUAUGACGUUCGUGGCGAUGUCAGUGUUCAUCCAUCUACUAUUGAUAUUCAACAAAGCUUUGCAGAUUUCAAAUAUGGACAAGUGAGUUACAUGGUGGAUUAUGUUUAUUAUCCCCCUUUAUAUCGUGUCUUUUCACUUCCAACUAAAUUUCAGCGACUCACACGCAUUACAAAUAAUAUUCCAGAUAUGAUUUUUGACUCAGUUACUCAUGUGGAAUUACAUAAUGAAAAUGCAUUUAAACAUGAAUUUUUCGUUCGACUUGCUAAAGCAUUUCCAUUUCUUAAAACCUUAUCUAUUCACAACAUGUGGCCACCAUUUCUGCGCGAAAAACAAUAUCAUCUUUGCGAUAAAGAUUGGUGUUCGAUGAUUGAAUAUCGACAUCUUAGUUCUCUCGAUAUGACAAGUGCAAAUUCUUAUUACCUUAAACAUUUUCUUAAUCAAACAAAAACACGUCUACCUUCUUUAUCAAAAUUAAAAGUUCACUAUUAUCUUUUGAAAGCUGUGACAAACAAUUUUGCAAAAGAAGAAAUGCGACACAAUUGCUGUAGGGUAAAGCAAUUAGUCACUGAUUAUCCAAGAACUGAUUUAGAAAGUAUUCUUCGUUAUUUUCCUUCAUUGUUAAUCUGA